UUAGAAUGACAAACCAAUGAUGUUCAUUUGUUUACUUGAUGGCCAAAUCCCAUGUAGGUCAGGCCCAUUCAACUCUUUUAUUUUAUGGUUAGCGGUUAGCCCAUUAGAUACCAUGCAUUAGUUUAUUGUUAAAUUUUUUAUUUUUAACAAUAAAAAGGAGUAUUAGUUUUUCCUUUUCAUAUAUAUUUUAUCACCACGGAGAAAUAAAAGGGUUUAAAGAAAAAAAAUUGACACUCCUGGACCCGUUUAAAUUCGCAUGUGUACGGUAAGUUGGCCCGUUCCACAGAGGAAAGAGAAAAAAAUUGACACUUCCUAUUCUACCUUUCCUACAAACACUCAUGGAGCAGGGAAUUUGAAAUGGGGGAAGGGUUUUUUCCUCCCUGCUAUUAUAUGUUUUUAAUUUAAAAAGAUACAACAAAUGUGCUUAGUGUGAUUGGUUAUUAUUCUUGCUUUUCUUUAAAAUGGUCAUGGUUCGAAUCCCAGUACGUGUCUUUUUAAUGAAUAAAAAAAGUAAUUGUGAAGACCAAAAUGUCCUUCCUACUUUCACUCUCGUUGCAAGAAAUUUGAAAUGGAGCUCCCGUUUUUCCCUUCGACGUAUUAUAUUAUGUGUAGAUGCAUUAAUCUUAGGGGUGGGAAACUGUAGAUGUUUCGAUCGAACUGAAAUUAUGAAUACCGGGUCCCCGAAUUCUCCCAAACCUCUAAUCGAAUUCGAAUCGAAUUAUAAUUUGGUUCGGUUUUUCACACAAAAUCGAUUUUGUGAAGCUACUUGUAUCUUCUCACUUUUAAUUCGGUUUUUCGGGUUUUCGGUUUUUCGGCGGAAAUUCGAUUCGGUUGAAAGAACCCUGGUUUCCGAACUAUCCAUAUUUUCCUUCUGAAUUCCGAACCGAAUAGCAUUAAUUCGGUUUCGGAUCGUUUCGGGUUUACCGAACCGGUUGCCAGCAAAAUGUGGUUAAAGGUGCACCGCGAUUAAUGGCGUCACCAACCGAUGUAACCGCGACUGUGUGACUAAUUGCAGUUAAACAAAAAACCGUUUGGACUUUUGAUGUCGACGAGCAGAGCAAAUGUGGAGAGGAACUGAGGUUGACCGUCUGAGCUUCUGAGGAAAUCGAGCUUGCCACUGCGGCGUGUGUUGUGCCGAUGAGCGUCGAUCGCUGAACUCGAAUCGAGCAGGGAUGGUGGAGAGGCGGGAAGAUUUUCUGGUCUCUGCCUCUCUGGGAUUUUCUAGACAAGAAGGGACGGUGGCGUGGCGGAGGGAUUUUCAAGGGAUCAAGGACGGUGGAGCCGUGGCAGUGGGAUUUUCUGGACGAGGUCGAGAAGGGACGGUGGCACAGGGAACUAGGGUUUUCUUUUGAAUUUGGGAAUGAGGUCGAGAAAGAAGUCGCAGACGCAGCCACGCAGGGGAAAUGGGAACUAGGGUCUAGGAAGGCCGGAAGGGGUCGGGUCGGCGGUGGCUACUGGGUCUGGGGUAGGGUUGCUUAUUGGGCUGGUCUGGAAAAUGAGUGGUGGGUUGGGUUGCAGUUAGCAAUGCAGUUAGGUGUAUUUGCGAUUUCGGUUGCGAUUAAACCGCAAAACACUAACUAGAAAAGUAAAUGCUUGAGAUUGAGUGAGAAGGGCUCUGUUCUCGUUAGCGCACCACAUCGUGCGUGGUGUUGAAUGAGCCCCUCCCUCUGGCCCACUUAUUGGUCGAUUCGGCUGGCAUUCACUCCUCUCCCUUCGCCCUUCGCCCUUCUCCAUUAAUAUCUCCUACCACGACCGUAAAAGAGGUUGUUUUUGUGGUUGGUUAACCACUAACCACGAUUUUUCGGUGCGGUUACCAGUUUAACUGCAAAACCGCAACCGAAUUCACAACCCUAAUUAAUCUGCACGCUUCCAAUUAUGCAUUAAUCCGCCCAAACGUUGAGAAUCAGGGGUGGUAUUCUGUCGGUAUUUGGCUAAACCAGUUACCGACUUACCAGUUAACAGUAUUACCGAAAUGCCAAAAGUUGUUACCAACAACUAGUACCCAGUAAUCGGUUAACCGGCUAACCGAUUUACCGGUUAGCCAAAAACUCGGUAAGCAAGAGGGACUAAAUACUUGCACCGGUUAAUUGAGUACAUUCUCAGGUCCUCUUCAUCUUCUCUCCUUCUCCCUUCGAUCAUGCGAUUCACAAAACAAAACAAAACAAAUGCAAAAGGAUGGUCGCUGAUCGAAUCUCCCAACCUCUAUUCGACAAAACCAAACUGCCGCUAGAUGAAUUUUUCUUCCUCUUUUGCCUAGUUGGGCGCAUAUAAGAUCACUGAUGGAGGAGCCGCGGUUUAGGCGAGGAUUGGCGAGGGUCGAAUAUUUGUGGGGUCAAAGAUGCCAUCGUUGGCCGUGGGAGUUGUUGGGUUCGUCGGGAUAGAUGGCAGAACUAUGGUGGUCCAGCGGUGCUGCCCGCUUUCGCUGUCAAUUUUAUCCUCACCGUCAUCGCAACACCUUUGUGGACUCUCUGCAUGCGUGAGGGAGAUAGAGAGUCGUCGUGCCGAAUCUACAAAAUCUCGUUAGGCCUAUAAAAUUGCGUCAGAUCUGUUAUUGCUUCUGCUCGCCGAAUUUGCAAAACUCGUCGGAUCUGCUUGGCCUUGCUGACCAUUUCACCGGAUCUGCUGUUGUUUCCUUCUCAAUCAUCUUCUCUCUCAUUCUAGUGACCCAUCCAUACACCCACCCACCUUUCCUUUCUCGGCUGAGCCUCUUCCUUCUUCCUCCUUGUGCACCUAGUUGAGGAAGAAGACAAGACGAAGAUAAAAGGAAAGUUUUAUAGGCAAGGGAAGGGUCUAGGGUGGGUGAGUUUCGGUAUAUUUGGUAUACCGAUUAACCGCCGGUAACUAACCGGGGAGGAUUCGAAAUACCGAGAAUAGAAAUUUUGUUGUCGACAACCAUAUCCUUCGGUUAACGGUAUAACCAGCAAUCGCCGGUUAUCGGUUAUAUCGUUAACCGGCAAACUGAAUAUCACCCCUAUUGAGAACCCACCACCAUUAGUCAUUUGUCGUUUAAUAAGAAAAUAAUUAAAUAGGUUAAAUAUAAAAUAAUUAGUUAAUUAUGUAAUCAAACGUUGAUGGUCUUACAACUCAGACCUAUCUCUCUUAACAACGUGUGUCUAAAAGCCAUACGAAUAUCAUCACCAACCGUUUGAAGCCUAUCAUGAGAAAGCUGGUUUUCCCUCGCCAAAGCAGCUUCAUUCCAUGGAGAGAAACCACGGAUAAUAUCAUUGUCCUUCAAGAAGCUCUCCACACUCUCAGGAAGAAGAAAGGGAAAAGGGGAGGGAUCGUGAUGAAGAUUGACCUCGAGAAGCAUAUGACUGGCUAUGAUGGGAGUUCUUGCGAGAUACUCUUCAAGAAAUUGGCCUCUCCAGUUCCUAGAUUAGUUGCAUAAUGAACUGUGUGGAAAACAACAAGAUGCGGCUUCUCUAGAAUGGAGAUCUCUCUCAAACCAUCACCCUGUCGAGAGGAGUUCGCUAGGGAGUCCCUCUUUCCCCUUACCUUUUGUUUUGUGUAUGUAAUGGCUUCCUCACAAGAUCGAUCGGGCUAUCCAGGACAAGGUUUAGAAAUCGCUGAAACUAUUCAGAAAUGGCCCGACCCUUUCUCACCUCUUUUUUGAAGACGACCUAGUUUUGUUUGCAGAAGCCGAAAGCUGGCAGUUUAUAAGAAUCAUAAAACAAUUCCUGGAUGAAUUCUCCAGCAGCUCGGGUCAAAGAGUGAACUAACACAAAUGCUCAAUGUUCGUGUCUACCAACACCCCUAGAUGGCAGGCUCAGGCUCACAUUGGUCGCAUGGAGAUCCCCCUCACGGUUGAUCUGGGUAGAUAUAUGGGAGUCAUGGCUAUCCAUGGUCGAGUGACCCGGGGCAGAUACCAGGAUCUUAUUCUCAAGAUUUAGAGAAAAUUGGUGUCGUGGAAACCCAAGCACCUCUCCAUUGCAACUCGCAUUACUCUAGUUAAAGCGGUAGCUUCUUCUAUCCGCAUCUAUCCUAUGCAGGUAAGCUUCUGCCUAAAACAGUCUACAGGGCGUUCGAUCAAUCGUGGCUUCUUAUGGGGAUUCCGAAGAAAAGAGGAAGAGCAUCUAGUCGGAUGGCCUCAAUUGACUCAAUCGAAAGAUAAGGGGAACUUUGUGAUUCGGCCUGCCAAAGAGGUGAACCUCGCUAUGCUGGCCAAGUGUGGAUGGCAACUCAUGACCGAAAAACAAACUCUGUGGGCACAAGUCAUGCAUUCCAAAUGCGAGAAGGAUAGAGCAUCCCAGACUCAUUAAACCUAUAAAGUAAAGUUCCUUCACCUGGAACAGCAUCUCCAAAACUGGAAACUUGCUGAAAAAUGGGGUGUGCUUGGAAUAUCCACAAAGGAAACCUCACAUGUUUUUAGUCUGAUGUUGGGAUUUCAUAGGUACCCUUGCAAGAAGUGGCCACCGGACUGAUACCGGAGGAAGACAGGCAUGCCAUGAUUUUCGACUUUGUGGACGAGGAAGGAACCUAGAACACCGAGAAAUUCUGCAACAUUCUGUCAGACGAAGUGACCCAUCGCAUCACAACCCUCGCAGUUGACCCCCUUGCAAGUGAAAAAGAUGUAAUGUUGAUCGCUUGCAUGAUCGAGCUUUAAAUUUAUAAAGUCGAAGCGCACUCACUAGUCAAUCAUAACAAGGCCAAGUAUAACCAAGCUAGGGAUUUAGUUAAGUGGCUCGGUCGUAUUCCAAGGGUCACAGUAUCCUAGGCUACUUAGGCUUGGUCGUUAUCUAGUCAACCUAUUACUUAGCAGGUGGGCAGUUGGUGAUUCCUAAACUAAAGAUUGAUUGAUGAGAAAAGGUACUUGGGGUAACUCCAUCGCCCUACCCUAGGUCUAUCAUGCAAACGUCUAAAUAUGUCGGGUUAAGCGAAUAUGGUGAGUGAGCUUUUUUCCGUGGGCCUUCGUGAUUAUCCACACUCCUCCGAGUACGUCCUACCUACCCCAUUGUCGCCUCAGUAUAGGCUCACAUAUCUGAGGCUCUAAGAACUUAACUCCUUUUAACGGGUACAACCCACCGUCCACACCGAGGUUUCAUCUCGGGUUCCAUCUAGGAAGGCGUUCUUGUGACAGGGGUCUGGUUGCCUCGUUCACCCCAAGACCCUUUUCAUUCAUCUAAGCCUAAUAUGCCAGAUGGCGCAUACUAGCUAACCCUAAAACUUCAUACAAUCAUACCCAUCGUAGAAGCUCAAGUAGGCUAGUAGAGAAGAAUAGAGAGUCUUACCCAAGCACAAUUAAAGCUAGAUGAAGCAU